AUGCCGUUCAGAGAUAGAGUUGCUCGUCGGUUUGGCGAAACUGUAAGCGCUUCAAAGUUCGUUACCUUCGAGGACAUCAAGGCGCUGAGGAAUGACUGGCUGACGGACAAUAACAUAGCAUUCUGGGAGGAGUGGCUCGAGCGGGAGAUCCUUCCCAAGUAUCCCCAGGCCCGCAUCUGCCUCCUCCGCCCGUCCAUGACCUACCUCCUGAUGCGCGAGCAAGACCCUCGGCAGCUCCGCCCCGUCCUCCCCGACAUGUCUAAGGUGACACAUAUCUUCCUGCCCAUCAAUGAUGCCGCAUCUCGCACGCAACCUGACGGCUCGCACUGGUCGUUGCUCCUGGUUAGCAAGAUCGAUGGCGUCGCGUUCCACUACGACUCCCUAGGCGGGGCCAACAACAUAGAGGGCGAGCGCGGCACGCAGCAGUUGUCCAAGCUCCUGGGCAUGCCGCUGCGAUACCAGUCCAUCAGCGACUGUCCCCAGCAGGAGAAUGGCAACGACUGUGGUGUCUUCGUCUGCAUCCUCAUGCGCCACCUGCUUGUCAAGCGGCUCCUCAACGCUAACGCCCGCGAGAAGGUCAGCAUGAGCAUGAGCAACAAGAUGAUCGAUGCCAACGGCGCACGUAAGGAGAUGACCAAGAUCAUCGAGAGUCUGCGCAAGGAGGGCGAGAGACGACGGAGCGCCAGCCCCUUCGCUAAAAACGAGGGCGCCCCGCGGAUCGACUAGUAAGCGAUAUCGUAGGGGCUGGCAACCUGAUCGCGCUCUUGUUUACGACAAGCUGUCUUACCUACCGUGCACGGCUCACCACAGCCUAGGCGGGGGAUCGUCACCAGUCGGCUCGAAUAGCCCAGCUACGGAGAUCACCUCAUCGAAUCCUCAGACAGAGGAAAGAAAAGGAAGGGAAAAAUACUC